UGCAUUAUUUUGCCUUCAAACACAAAGAAGAUAAAUACGACGGCUACGGCAAACACGCGUUCAGUCGCUACCAAGUAGUUUACAUCGGAAAACCGUCACCGAGACCGAGAUGAGACUGAUUCGAGGAGUUUCGACGGUUUACGAUCCGAAAAGUAAAAUAUGGAGAGGUCCUCGCACACCAUCGAUUUUCAAUCCGAACCAAAGCCUAGGUGAACUGAUCCUCCGGAUGUUGGAUCGCAACUCGGACAAAGUGCUUCAAAUCAGUGCCGAUGAUGAUGGCCGGCAAGUCACCGGAGCCGAGUUACUUCUCCGAACGAUUCGCAUUGCGCAAAACUUGCUCCGGAAGGAACUCGUUGACUGUGCUGAUAAGGAUUGUCUUGUGGCGAUGGCCGUCCGCAACGGAGAACACACGGCUCCGGUGUUGUUUGCCUGUUUUUCCUUGGGAAUUACGGUGAAUACUUUGGAUCCGUCCUUUCAAAGGGAUGACUUCGCGCACAUGUUGGAGACCGUCCGUCCCAAACUGAUAUUUUGUGAUGCCGAAACCUUGGAAGAAAUGCGUGCCGCUUGUGAACUGGCGAAAAUUGCCCCCAAGAUAGUUGUGAUGGGUGAAAAGGUUUCGGGAUUUGAUCACGUAGAGGAUUUACUGCUCGCAACCGAGGACGAGGAGAACUUCGUACCGGUUCAUUUCGAAGAUCCUGCGAAACAACUAGCAAUACUCGUGUGCUCUUCCGGAACAACCGGCCGGUCCAAGGCAGUCGGUUUGUCCCACGCGAUCUGCAUCGCUCAUGUUGUGAACUUUUUGGAGUGUAGACCCUCGGAUAGGUUGUUUGCAUUUAGUUCCCUCUACUGGCUGUCGGGGCUGGUCGUACUUCUAAUGGGCUCGAUUUGGGGAGCAACUCGGAUCAUAACCCGGCGUGGAUUUUCCUCGGCUCUUGCAAUAGAAAUCGUUGAGCGCUUCCAAGUUACUGUCGCACUAUAUCCACCUUCUCAGGUGAAUGCGAUCAUCGCGGAUCCAACGGCAAACUCCGAGAGCUUCGACAGUAUGCGACUAGCUUUCAGCGGAGGUGGAGCGGUUUCCACAACGUUGAAGCGACAGCUGGACAAGCUACUUCCGGGCAGGUCGUCGGAGAUUGCGUAUGGAUUUUCGGAAAUUGGCUUUUCGGUUGCAUUCACGAUCAAUUCACCACCCCGGAAGAAUGUAGCAGAAAUUUACCGGGAAGGUGCAGUUGGAUUUCUGCAGGCUGGAACGGAAGUGAAGAUCGUGGACGACCAUGGGAAAUUGCUUGGGAUCGAUCAGGAAGGAGAGAUUCUGGUGAAAGCGAGGUAUGCCUUUUUGGGAUACUAUGGGAAUGAUGAGGCCACCGGUAUAAUGAUGGACUCGGAAGGAUGGUUGCAUAGCGGAGAUAUCGGUCGAUUCGACAAAGACGGUCUGCUGUACAUCGUCGACCGGAAGAAGGACAUAAUAAAGUACGGAAAUUAUCAGAUCUCUCCGAGUGAGAUUGAAAAUGUUGUACUGAGUGUUCCCGGAGUGGUCAGUGUCUGCGUUGUAGGGAUUCCCGUCGAAGGUAAUGAUCUAGCCGCUGCGCUGGUUGUUCCGACUGAUAGCAACUGUUCGUCGGAUGCCGUCCUACGAGCGGUCGAACAGAAACUUCCCAGCUACAAGCACUUAAGAGGAGGAGUCUACUUCACGGAUAAACUACCCUUGACAUCAACCGGAAAGAUUCUGAGGCGAGAAGCAAGAAGUGUUGUUUUGCAAAUGAGAAAUAAUUCGGGACUGAAAUAAAAUGAAUAAAACCGUCA